GGCCUGGGGUGGGGCUGGGAGGGGAUACUGCCAGGGGCGGGGCAUCCAGCUUUGGGCCAGGGGGUCCAAAGUGCUAGGCCCCUGCCUUGCCGGACGUUUUUUUGGGGUCCUUCUAGCAGCUGGGGACAACUUGAUUGGGGGUGAAGUUGGAGAUAUUUAUACCCAGGGUCAGGCAGAGAGCAGACCAGCUGCCGAGGGCCAGAGAACCGGGAGAUAGGACUCAGGAAACCUGGGUGCAGCGGUGCAGGCGGGCCUCGGGCGUGUCCAGUUUGUCUGUCUCUGAAUCCAGGAUCAUGAGAGUUCUGGGCCACAUCUUGGUUCUCUGUGCGGGUCUUGCUGCCAUGGCCAAUGCAGAAGCUCCUCAGGAAAAUGACCCAUUUACUUACGACUACCAGUCCCUGCGCAUCGCAGGCCUGACUGUGGCGGGGGUCCUCUUCAUCCUGGGCAUCCUCAUCAUUUUGAGACCGGGGAACCCGACGAAGAGGAGGGAACUUUCCGCAGCUCCAUCCGCCGUCUGUCCACCCGCCGGCGGUAAAAACACCUGGCGCGAUGGAACACAGCCAGGAGUCGCGGGGUACCUGACGCCCCUGACCCCCUCCAGCCGCCUGGACCGCCACCUCCCAGGUCCCGCCCCCACCCGACUCCCCUCAGCUGCUGCUCAGAUUCUCAAUAAAACUGCUUCCCUCUCUCCACCGCGCUUGGUGACUCCGCCGGCCCUCUGCGGUAGAGAAGGGCGCCCGGCGCCCACCCCCCACCCCCAGCCUUGCCCCAGCAGGAGGUGCCCCCACCCUUGGGGAAGGGGCGGGGACGUCGGCAGUGGGCGGGGGCGGAGGUGGGGUGUCCCGGACCCGGGCGGGCUCUCCGGGCCCCCAUUGGCUAAGGCCCCCAAGCUCCAGGGCUCUCCCGGUACCCCCCCCAACACACGAGUCAGUCCACCCCGCUUCCAGCUGCUGCAGUAG